GCUGAGUGCAAUGAUGAUGGGGCUGCAGCCAGGCUGGGGGUCUGGAGCUGUGCAGGGGCUGCAGAGCUGAUGUCCCACAUGUGCUGUCCCACAUUUGUCUCUGAGCCAUGUUGGGGUGUCUGCAGCCCAUGCUCAGCAUGGAGCAGUGAUGCCAAAGAGCAGCUCUCUGCCUUAGGAUGCAUCAAACCUGUGGCUUUGGCUCCUGCACUGAGUGCUUUUGUCCAACGUCGGGUCUCUCAGUCACACGUAGUGCCCUCAAAUUGGUACUUUCCAAAGCUGAAUCAUCCCGGAGAGCCGUGAAAGACACUUUUCUUCUGCUCUACUUUUGAGCCAAUCCAGGAAAGGAAGCUCCCGAGUUUUGAAUACAAAACAGUGAGAAUUGUUUUGUAUCAACACAGCCCGUGUUUAUUUAGAAAGGGAAAAUCCACCGCAGCUCGUCCGUGCCCGCAUGUACGAUCACACGCUCACAGCCGUGCAUUUCUCCCCUCUCUGUUCCUCGCAGUCCGGGACGGGACGUGCUUUGGCCCCGGAGCCGCUCCGUGUGCGUGGGCUCCGCAGGGCGGCGAUACAGAGCGGAGCGGUCGGGCGGUGCGGGACGGGGCGGCGGGGCCGCAUCCUGUGCGGUCUCCCCUCACUCCUCGGCCCGGCACAUCGCCAGCUCCUCCCGGGGUUGCGGGUCGGCCCCACGCGGCCCCACAGCCAGCCGCCAGCCCCCUCCUUCCCCUCCCCCGCGCUCGCACUUUUUCUUCUCUUUCUUUCUUUUUCUUUCUUUUUUUUUUGCCUUUUUCUCACAGCCGCUGUCGGGGGGAGGGAGCAGCCCGUCCUCCGGCUCCGAGCGGGCCAUGGGGCGGGGGGGGGCGACAGUCCCGCAGCAUCCGCGGGCACCGGGACCGCACCGCGGAGCCGCAGCCGCCGAGGAGACCCCGCGGGCUGGAGGCAGAGCCGGACCCCGAGGAAGAACGAGGGAAGGUCCCCCCGGUCGCGCUGCCGCUGCCCGUUAACCAUGGACUCGCAGUCCCUGGAUGCAGCCGUACAGGGUGCCCUCCGUGCCCUCUAUCCACCCUUUGAAGCCACAGCCCCAACAGUGCUGGGCCAGGUGUUCCGCCUGCUGGAGAGCAGCUACAAGGGCGAUGGGCUCUGCUGCCUGCUGGAUUUCCUCAUCCCUGCCAAGCGCCUCUUCGAGCACAUGCGGCGUGCGGCCUGUGCUCCCUACUCCAACUGCAUCUUCCUACAUGAGGGCUGGCCCUUGUGUCUGCAUGAGAAGGUGGUGGUGCACUUGGCACCUCUCAACCCAUUGCUGCUGCGUGCCGGGGACUUCUACCUGCAGGCAGAGCCCUGCCAGGAGCACGCAGCACGCAUCGUCCUCAAGCACCUCUCACCAGACCUGGACAGUGUGCAGGAGACACCCAUCCCCGAGGCUGCCUACGCUCUGCUCUUCACCAACGAGUGGCUGGAGGAGAUUAAUUGCAACCAUGCUGGGUCCCCCCUGCACACCUGCCUGGUGGCCACUGAGAAUGGCGUCACCCCUCUGCCGUGGAGUAAGAUUGCCACGCCAGAGUUUGUGGACAAGCCCAAGGCUGGACCCAGCAGCACACCCAUGGGUGCACCAGGCGGCUCCAGUCCGGAGCCAGCAGCACUGACUGAGCCAGUGGCAUCGAUCACACCCACAGCCCACGGCACGGCAGAGAGCUCGGUGCCCUCCAACAACACUGCUGGCAUCAUCCCAGGCUGCAGGGACAACUGGAAGCCAAACCAGGGGAGGUACCCGGGGCUGAUCAAGGUGGAGCAGGCAGGGCUGAGACAGAACCCGACCACAUUGGCAGUGCCCAGCCUGCAGGAGAUCAUCAGCCAGAACCUGGAGGGGGAAUAUGUUCACCUGCUGCAGCUCUCCCAGCAGGACCUGGGUCUCCUGGCCACAUCCCGCUCUGCAGCAGCACAGCCCUGGGUGGGCUCCUGGCCCUGCAGGGAAGUGCUGAGCCCCCAGGAGGGUCCCUGUACCCCAUGCCAGAGGAGGAGGCUGAGUGUGGAGCCUGGGGCACACGGUCUGAGCUGCCGGCACCGCGACUCCUACCUGGCCGCCCUGCAGAACCCAGUGAGCUUUGGCCCAGCACUGAUGGCGUCCAUCCUGGAGGAGCCCGACAGCUCUGCACCCCCAGCUGAGCCCCCUGUGCUGGGUGGGAGCAGGGCCGGCACCCGCUGCCCCCGCAGGGCUCGUGCUGUGGGGUCAGGAGGGCAGGCAGCGGGGCAGCGUAGCCCCCAUCUCCCCACAGCCCCCACUCGCUCAGAGGCAGUGGGCUUUAGCCACAAGUUCUCCUUUCUGAAGGGCCCUCGGCUCGGGGACAGCACGGGCAACCAACAUGAGGGCGGCUGGAGGAAGGUGUCUGCCAUUUACUCACCCAGGAUGGGCAGAGCCAAGCCGGCUGGGAAAGGUGCAGAUGUGGCAGCUGCAGCCCAUGCAGAGGAACGGCCCCUGCAGAGCAACAUCAGACAGAACAGCCCCUCCGUGCCCUGGCAGGAGCUGCACACUGGGCUGCUGCACUCAGGCAUCAUCUGCCUGCCAGGUGGCACCGACAAGCUGGGCAGGGCUGUCCUGCAGGUGACCACCAGCAGCAGCGCCUGGGGGACAACGUGGUGCUCGGCUGCUGAGCUGGUGAGGCUACUGCUCUGCCUCUGCUCCCUCCCAAGGAAGGAUGCAAAGGACAGCGGGCUGACAGCUGUGGUGGAUGCCAGGAAGCAGCCUCCCUCUCCCACCCUGUUCUCUGCUCUCCGCUCCAUCCAGAGCAUCUCACCAGGCUGCAUCCACACUGUGCUGCUGCUGGCUGAGAAGGAGCCAUCUGCUCCCCGUGAGAAGCUGCGUGGGCUGCAGGUGGAGACACUGACAUCAUUGAAGGCUCUGGGCCGCUUCAUUGACAGCUCCCAGGUGACGGCGGAGCUGGAGGGCACCUUCCCCUACUGCCACGGCGAGUGGGUGCAAUUCUUCCAGAGGUUGCAGCCCUUCACCUCCAGCCUCGGGCGGGCACUGGAGCUUCUGCAGAGCUGCAUCCAGGAGCUUCAGAGCACUGACGGUGCAGCAGGGCUGCAGGAUGCGGCCACAGGAAUCCAGAGGCACCAGGAGCUGAUGCACAAGGUGCUGAGCGACCCGCAGCUGGUGUGUCUGCAGCGGGAGGGGGGGGCCGUGCUGGCCCGGCUGCGCAGGGAUGCUGCCCGGCUCCGCAAUUCACCCCAUGUCAGGGCCGGCAUGGAUGCAGCCGAGGAGCGUUACUCGCGGCUGGAGGAGGAGCUGCACCUCCUGGUAUCUCUGUCCAACAGCCGCCUGGAGCGGCUCGGUGCCCUGCAGAAGGUGCGGGAGCUGGAGGCCGAGCUGGGCCAGCUCAGACAGUGGCUGGAUGGGGAGGGAGCAGCACGACUACGUGAGAUGGGAGCUGAGGAGUGCAGCCCUGACAGCUGGGAGAGCUUCACACAGCGCUGGAGUCAAUUCCUGCUGCAGGCAGAGGCCCAGCACCGGCACGGCCUGGCGCUGUGUCAGCAGGCAGACAAGCUGAAGGAUUCCGUGUCCCCCGAGGCUGAACCCCUGCAGGCAGCCGUGACCUUAUUCCGGAUGAAGCUGAUGAGCUUCCAGCAGCGCAUGGAGCGGCGGCAGGCAGAGCUGGAGCUGCUGCACGAGCUGCAUCAGUUCUCCAGCAAGAUCACAUGUUUGAACGCGGGCUGCAGGCAGUGCUCGGUGCAGGCGAAGCACGGAGGGGGCUCUGCGGGGCGGCCCGAAGCUCUGCAGAGCCUGGAGAGCUCCUUCCAGAGGCUGUCGGUGGAGUUUUCCACGGAGAAAUUGCAAGAGAUGCGGGUGCAGCUGCGCAGGAUGCAGAGCAGCAACGGGACGGGAGCCUGGACGGCAGCGUGGCACAGAUACCAGGAGACACGGCGCAGCCUGGAGGCGAUGCUGGCCGAGAUGUGGGAGGGGUCUGCAGCCUCCGAUCCUGGCCACGGGGCCGUGCAGGCUCCGGGACAGCCGUCAGCCAGCAGCUCUUGUGGCCGUGCCGUGAGCACGGAGCAUUGCGAUGCCGCCCGCUCAGCUCCGAGCUCCCCACGGCCUCGCUGCAGCUCCCUCCCUACACGAACCCCAGCACGCAGCAAGAGGAACCCAGCCCAGUUCUGCAGCCCGACCCACCGCGCGUCCCCCUCCCCACCGUGUGCCCCCCUUUGCAAUGAGCCCCCAGCUCAUCCCCGAGGUGAUGCCGCUCAGUACUUCCAGGUCUCCAGCCACAGCAGCUUCUCCUCUGAGGACUCAGACACACAAAACUCAGCCGAGGAAACCCCAGUCCCAGCUGUGCCCCACGAUAUGGGGCCGCCUGGCAGCCCCAACAAGCCCUCCCCCAUUGUGUACCUGGAGAACCAUCGUGCCACGGGGCUGGGCAGGGCAGACACCAAGUGAAGGUGACCAUUAUGCCUGGGGAUGCUCGGGGAUGUGCCCUGCUCAAGGGUGAGAUGUGGGCACUGCUGCCCAGUGCUCAGAGCCCAUCGGUUUUUCAGUCUUUCAGCAUUUAACGCUCCAUAAAGUAGCCGUAACCCCCCACUUAUGGGCCCUCACCGGGUUAAUUGCUAAUCUGCCAGGCGUGGCAAUGCUCCUGCAAAGUGCAUUUAUCAGCACGGGGUAUGGACAUGCCCCUGUCCCAGCAAUGAGCCAGGGGAUGUAGAGCCCCAUCCAUACCCCUGUAUCAUGGUGCCAUAUCGGUGACAGUGACAAUGGGCACUUUGUUCAGACGCACUCAUUAACGUACCACUAAUUAUAUUAAUGCCAAUAAAGCUCCUGGACGUGGAGCACAGUGGG